AUGGAUGGCUUUGUUGAUUUUAAUCGCACCUGGAAUUACUACAAACAUGGUUUCAGUAACUUAGUCGGUGAAUUUUGGCUCGGACUGGACAAGAUAAACCAUCUGACGCAAGACAAGACAAAGAACAUGCUUCGAGUAGAUCUGGGAGUAAUCACUGGCAAAACUGUUAACGCCGAGUAUAGCUGGUUCGGGAUUGGGACCAAGUACCGGGACUAAGUAUCGGCUGUUCAUUGGCAUUAUCACAAGUAACUAAACCGUUUUUCUUUUUAAGCAUUCAUUGUUCGAUUUUUAUAUGUUACUUUCCUAUCGACUUCUACUGCCCCAUUCCCACUAAAGCUUGAAGCUGUUUUGUUAAACAAGAUUUAAAAUUGGUUUCUUCAUAGACGCUGCUUAAACUGAUGUUUGUCGACUUUAAAUUUAGCAAAUUAAAAACACAAGUAAGUGGCAACUUGAAUCCUAUGGAAAAUUUAAAUAUUCAGUUGUCUGUUACUGGCAUUUAAUUCAAUCCCCUCCCCCAACUCCACAGAACCUGCAAACAAUGGUUAGUUCUAGUGUACACGCGCUUGACUGUGUUGUGCUGUUCAUUCUGUCCAUGCCUAGUUGAAUCCACGCUCCUCCGUGGACAGUUUGCUUUCGAAGCUGCUUGAGAUAGAACAGUCAUUGAGUUCGAAUUUAGCAAAAAGGUCGUAAAAUUUGAAUAUUUAUUAUUUUGUCCGAUAUUUUUGUAUUUCGAUAUCUCUCCUACUUCGUCGGAUAGUACUUAUCGAGUUUGAGGCGUCAAAGGUGUUAUCUUGAUCUUAAUGUCAUGGAAAUUAUUUUUCUUUUUGUUUUGAGCAGAUGCGACUGUUUCCUCUGAUUAUCUCAAUCCUCAAGAAGAUCUCAAAUUUGGUACCUGGGAUAGAGAUCCUGCUAAUUGUGCUCAAAAAAAAGGCGGAGGCUGGUGGUUAGCAAAAUCAUAAAAUUUGAGUAUUUAUUAUUUUGCCACAAAUUUUUGUAUUUGGAUAUCUGCCCUACUUCGUCGAUUGGCGUAGCUAUCAAGUUUGAGGUGUUAUAUUAAUCCUAAUAUUAUGGAAUUUUGAUAUUUAUUAUUAUUAUUUUUUAAGCAGAUGCAACUGUUUCCUUUGAUUCCCUCAAUCCUCACAAAGAUCUCAUUUUUGGUGCUUGGGAUAGAGAUCCAGCUUAUUGUGCUCAAAAAAGAGGCGGAGACUGGUGGUACGGCAGCAGUAGUGCUUGUGCUGUUUGGUCGAAUCUCAACGGAAUGUAUCCACAUUAUUGA